AUUCUUCUUGGUCAUCACCACCACCUUCCGUGUCAUCGUCAUUGUGGUACGUUGCUUGGCUUUAUAGGCUUAUAUGCUUUAUUUUUAUCUUCUCAAGUUCUGUUUGUUUCACUGAAGAACAAUCCAGCUCCCACUUUUUCCUUCUUUUUCAAAGAGGAACAGUAAUGGGGGACUCCGAGGAGAGUUUCUUGAACACACCAAUGCUGGAUAGCUUUCAUGCUGGUGAUUACUCAUCAUGGUGGAAAAGCUAUGGGGAAUAUGGGAUUGUGGCUGCUGUUGUAAUUGGCAUACUUAUACCUUUAUCAUGUUCCACUAUAUUUAUGGGGAAGAAAAGGGGAAAACAAAGAGGAGUUCCAGUGGAAGUUGGUGGUGAGGCUGGUUAUGCUGUACGUAAUGCUCGAGCAACUGAAUUGAUUGAAGUUCCUUGGAAGGAAGCUACAACCAUGGCAGCUCUAUUUGAGCAGUCUUGUAAAAGGUAUUCCCAAAGUCAAUUUCUUGGGACAAGGAAACUAAUUAAUAGGGAAUUUGUCACAGGUAGUGAUGGUAGGAAAUUUGAGAAGCUUCACUUGGGGGAUUAUGAAUGGCUAACUUAUGCUGAGGUAUUUGAUCGUGCUUGCAACUUUGCAUCUGGGCUUGUUCAAUUGGGCCACAAUGUGGAUAGCCGUGCUGCGAUUUUUUCUGAAACCCGGGCUGAGUGGUUUAUUGCUCUUCAGGGAUGCUUCCGACAGAACAUUACUGUUGUUACUGUUUAUGCGUCUCUAGGUGAGGAUGCACUAAUCCACUCACUCAAUGAGACGUCAGUAUCAACCUUGAUAUGCGAUGCCAAACAGCUGAAGAAGUUGGCUGCAAUAAGUUCGAAAGUGAAUUCAAUUGAAAAUGUUAUUUAUUUUGAAGAUGAUGAAUCUUCAGUUGAUACUAGUUUCUCAGGAAGUAUGGGCAGUUGGAAGGUUGCUUCCUUUUCUGAAGUAGAGGGUCUUGGUAUGAAAAGUCCUGUUCAACCAAGCUUACCUUCCAAGAAUGGUAUUGCUGUUGUCAUGUACACAAGUGGCAGUACAGGUCUACCAAAGGGAGUCAUGAUAACACAUGGAAACAUCGUAGCCACUUGUGCAGGUGUGAUGACUGUGAUUCCAAGUCUGGGUGCCCAAGAUGUAUACUUGGCAUACUUGCCUCUGGCUCAUGUAUUUGAACUAGCAGCUGAGUCUGUCAUGUUGGCUGCUGGUUGUAAAGUGGGUUAUGGCUCAGCAUUGACUUUAACAGACACUUCAAAUAAAAUUAAGAAAGGAACAAAGGGAGAUACGUCUGCGUUGAAGCCCACUGUCAUGACAGCAGUUCCUGCUAUUCUAGAUCGUGUUCGGGAUGGAGUUCUGAGAAAGGUUGAGGGUGGUGGAGGUUUAGUGAAAAAUCUUUUUAAUUUUGGAUAUAAACGCCGACUGGCUGCUGUGGAAGGAAGCUGGUUUGGGGCUUGGGGGCUGGAAAAAAUGUUGUGGGAUGUAAUUGUCUUCAAUAAAAUUCGUUCUGUACUUGGUGGACACAUCAGAUUUAUUCUCGGUGGUGGAGCUCCUUUAUCUGGGGAUACACAGCGGUUCAUCAAUAUCUGCAUGGGGGCCCCUAUUGGUCAAGCAUAUGGCUUGACAGAAACUUUUGCUGGAGCUACGUUUUCUGAGGCGGAUGACACAACGGUGGGUCGUGUUGGGCCACCUCUUCCUUGUUGCUACGUCAAGCUUGUUUCUUGGGAAGAAGGUGGGUAUAAGACAUCUGACAAACCAUUGCCCCGAGGGGAGAUAGUUAUUGGGGGACACUCUGUAACUGCUGGUUACUUUAAGAAUGAACAAAAGACUAAUGAGGUGUACAAGGUUGAUGAGAGGGGCAUUCGCUGGUUUUAUUCCGGUGAUAUUGGAACAUUUCAUCCGGAUGGUUGCCUAGAAAUUAUAGAUAGGAAGAAGGAUAUUGUUAAACUUCAACAUGGAGAGUAUAUCUCUCUUGGAAAGGUUGAGGCUGCCUUAUUGUCAAGUAAUUAUGUGGACAAUUUGAUGCUAUAUGCGGAUCCCUUCCACAACAACUGUGUAGCUUUAGUUGUUCCUGUCCGUCAAGCCCUUGAGAAGUGGGCCCGAGAAGCUGGCAUACGAUAUAAUGAUUUUGCUGACCUCUGUGAGAAAUCUGAAGCAGUAAAUGAGGUUCAGCAAUCCUUUUCCAAGGUAGGAAAAGAUGCAAAAUUGGACAAGUUUGAAAUUCCAGCAAAGAUUAAGUUGCUUCCAGAACCAUGGACACCCGAGUCUGGAUUGGUUACUGCUGCUCUCAAGAUAAAGAGGGAACAACUGAAGACCAAAUUCAAAAAUGACCUGCAGAAGUUAUAUGGCUGAACCUAUGUAGUAUAUUAUAGUUGAUGUGUUUCCUCUGUUGUGAAUUAGUUGGAUAUUGUGUUCGCUUUGUCUGAUUGACCAUAAACGGAUAUUUGUUACUCAAAUAUCUAAUCUUGAAGCAAUAGAAAUCAUGACAUAUUCUGAAAAA